AUGAUCUUCUAAUAUUCAAAAGAACUAGGACAAAAAUAGUUUUAAUUGUAUAUUUUCCAUAUAUUUUUGAAUAUGUCAAAGUAUUUUUGGGUAUUUUUAGACUUUUAAAUAUCUUUUACUUAAAUUUAGGGUAAGGGUUUUUAAAAAGAAGAGGAAAAACAUGCAUUUUAUUAUCAAAUUAAUUUGAGAACAUUCUAAAUCCUUGGCUUUGUGAAAUUUGUUAUAAUUUUGUACAAUUUCUCUUAAGUUAUUAUUUUGCUAUGGUAUUAAUUUGAAGACUAGGGAAAUUAAUCAAUAACGUUUGGCAAAUUAAUUUCUUAGUUAAUUUGUUAAAUAUUCCUUAUUUAUUUAAUAUCAAAUUCCAUACAUACUAUUAUAUUCAACGUAUUUUUUGGAUUAAUAGCAAAUCUUAAUUACCAUUUUAUUUUGAUAAAUUAUUAGCUGAUUAUGUCAUCUUAAAAGAAUGAUUCAAAAGUAAGAUCUAAAAUAUCAACCAUAAUGAUGAAUAUGAAUAUCGCUAUAGGAUCUCUGAAUAUUGGAUAUGUUUUAAGCUAUUUGACGUUGUCGAUUGAUACGCUUUUUGCAAACUUAUAAAUAACAGAAGAAGAGAGAACUUCAAAACUAAGCUUGCUAAAUGGUAUUCUCCCAUUAGGAUGCGUCGCUGGUGUCCUUAUUGGGUAUAUUAUUAAAUAAAAAUUGACAAAUAAAUAAUGUCUUCAAGUUGCAGAUGUUAUUGGAAUUUUUAGUCUUUUGGCUACAAUCUCUAAUUAUCAAGUCAUUGUUGCUGUUAGGUUUUUCUUAGGAAUAUCUAAUGGGAUAUCAAGCUUAAUUAUGCCUGUUUACAUAAAAUCUUUAUGCCCUUCUUAAUACUUUAGUCAAAUGAGUAUGCUGGUAGGGUAUGGCAUCAACACUGGUUUAGCCAUUGGAUAGUUGAUGGGAAUAGGUUACAUUAACUACAAUGGUCCUACUUCUAACUGGUGGAGAGUUGUCUUUUUAUUUCCUUCGAUAAUUUGCAUAUUUAGACAAUUAAUAAUCCAUUUCAUUUAUAAUUAUGAGAGCCCAGAGCAAUUAAUAAAAAGAGGAAAUUAUGAAUAAGCCAAAUACGUGAUUUGCCAGAUUUAUAAAUUAGAGAAUGUAGAAGAGGAAUAUGAAAGGUACACUUAAUUAGCCUAACAGUAAUAUAUUACAAAAUGUUUGAAAAACAAAAAUUAAUAACCCUUCAAGUCGGAAUUAUUUCUAUGCUCGUAUAAAUAUGGUGUGGCUCUUUCGCUAGUAUUUUAUUAUAGUGCACAAAUAUUUAGUGAUUUAUCAGAUAAUGACAUCACUCAAAAGACAAUAUACACAAUAUGUCUUGGGCUAUCAGGCUUUCUUGCUUAAUUCUCAACUAUUUAUAUGGUUAAUAAAAUUGGGAGUAAAUACAUUUUAAUGAUUGGAUCUUUAAUAAUUGGCUCUUUGAAUUUAGCUGUCUCUGUAAUAUCUCGACAUGCCAGUGAAGGAACAGAAUUUUUAAUUUUCAUUUUAUUACUUUUGCUAAUAAUGACAUUCGCUGCUACUUUAGGACCUGUGGCAUGGAGCAUAGUGCCUUAAAUAAAUGAUAGUGAUGGCACAUUUAUAUCUACUGAACUUAGAUGGAGCUUCUAAGCUAUCCUAAUAUUUUGUUUUCCUUUUUUGGAAAAGGGAAUCAAGAUUUUUGGUGGAUUUCUGCUAUUUGCCAUAAUAAAUUUUCUAUAUUUUAUUUAUUGUCAUUUUUGUUUGAUAGAUGGAAGAGGCAAAACUAAUGAAUAGUUAGUUGCUAUGUAUCAUAACAAAUAUGGAUAUUCUGUCGUUCCUUUAGAGAAAAAAAAUACUUAGGCAAACUUAUAAACAGAAACACCUAACACUUAAGUAAAACAAUUAGUAAUUGAUCCUCCAGAAAACCAGGAAGAGGGAGAAGAUCAUCCAAAAAAUUAAGAUGAAGCAGUAGAAAUAGAAUAGGAAAUAUGA